CCUCCCGCUCAUCAAAGUUGGCGGGAACGCGAAGGCGGGGCAGAAUGGCGGCGCCCACGGACUCGUUGUCCGUCAGUGGCCCCACGGCCGUGAGGCUGCCUCGGUCGCCGCCGAUCAAGGUGCUGGCGGAGCAGCUGCGGCGCGACGUGGAGGGCGGCCCGGGCUCGUGGCGGUUGUCGCGGGCGGCGGCGGGCCGCGAGCCGCUGGAGCUGAGGGCCGUGUGGAUGCAGGGCACUGUGGUGGAGGCCGACGGCGGUGAGGCGCGGCUGCGGGACCCAAGCGGGUCCUUCUCGGUUCGCGGCCUGGAGCGGGUGCCGCGCGGGCGGCCCUGCCUCGUCCCAGGAAAGUAUGUAAUGGUGAUGGGAGUGAUUCAGGCCUGCAGCCCCGAGCCCUGCCUGCAGGCUGUGAAGAUGACAGAUCUUUCAGAUAAUCCCCUCCACGAAAGCUUGUGGGAGCUGGAAGUGGAAGAUUUACACAGGCAUAUAUAUUCCUUAGAUGAUGUUGGGACCGGCGAUUAAAAAAACAACUGAAGUUCUGGAGCAACUUGCAUUCUUACCAUGUGGAUUUCAUAGACAUCACUCAGUAUAUAUUUCUCAAAGGUUUAUCAGAAAGCUUUGCUCUGAGGAGUCCAGAUGCAGAACCACUAAAUGCUGGGACACUCUCGUGAACUCAGCCCUUGCUGCCCUUCGCUUUGACUGUUUGCUAAUGAAAAGCAGAUGUUUUGUUCUCUCUCUCUCUUUUUUUUUUUUGCUCUCUCUGUGUUAAUUCUCUCUCCUUGAAGCACACAGAAACCUCAUGCUGCAUUUUCCAAGUUUUACAAGUGAUGAUGCUUUUUCCAUUACCACCGCGGCCCUGUUUUACGAGGCCGAAUUUGAACCUCAGUCACGGCCCGUGGAGAUGAAAAGCGUGGUUAUGGGCAGGAAAAGAGGCUGCGUAAAAAGAGAAUGACCUCACGGCCCCGCGUCUCCUCCAUCCACAGCUUCCAUAUCCAGCUUGCAAGUCAAACGACAUUUUCUGACUGCAGGCUCUGGGGCCUCUCACAGACACAGCCCUCUUUCUGCCUCAGAUGCCACUCAGCCCUAAACGUGAGGUCCCUUCUCCGCAGAGCUGGACGUGGCUGCCUGCCCUUCUUCCUUCCCUUGGGGAUGUUGAAACACCCUCAGAACUUCUUGUUGAAACGAAAAUCAAGAUGAAGAAUGACUUGCAGGCAUGAACUAAACUCCUGCUUCAUAACUUUUGAUGAGACGCCGCGAGGGGCAGCCUGCUGGUUAGAUAAGAGUCUUCACGGUGUUUUCUGUAGGGAAUGGAGUUUGGUUGUGAUUGUAUUGAAUGUUGGGUGGCUGCUCUCUGCUUCUUACCCAGCCUUCACUUUUCCUUAGAUUGUAAAUGCCAAGGGAGGGAGGGGGUCAGGUUUUGUUCCCCAUUGCUGUAAACUUUUGCUGGAGUUGAUUUCUACCACCAAUAAAUUGUUUCCUAUGCUGUA